AUGCCCCCGAAGAAGUCGGCCGCCAAGAAGAAGAAGGCCGCGGGCGCCGCUCGCGGGUUCGCGACCACGUCGGUCCCCAAGCGCAAGGACCCCGAGGAGGACGAGGCCGCCGCCGCUGCCGCAGCUCAAGCGGGCGGCGCCGUGACGGUCGACGGCGACGCGGGCGCGGCGACGGCGGCCAACGGCGUCGAGGCGGGUUCGGCGGCGAAUGGCGGCGGCGGCGGCGGCGGCGAGAACGGCGAGGCGGCGGGCGAGGAGGCGGCGACGGCGGCGCAGGGCAAGAAGGACGACGCAUGGGACGACCCGGCCGAGGUCGAGCGCAAGGACCUGCAGGACAUGGCCGAGCGCAUCCGCGUCGGCUCGGACAAGGAGAUCUCGCGAGUCGUCAAGGUCCUCGACUACGAGCGGCGCAUCUCCAAGACGAUGCCGGGAUACCUGUGGCAAGAACAAGACCUCAAACGUCGCGUCCUCGAGCUCGCCCUGGCCGACGACAAGGAGGAGGGCCCGCAACCCGUCUACGAGCCCGAGGACAAGGUCGUCGCCAAGGUCGCCACGCUGUACGGCAUCCUCGAGCAGCUCGGCCUCAAGACGGAGCGCGUCGAGCAGUGCAUCCGCGAGGCCAAGACGCUCGAGCUCGACGACUGCCUCGACUGGCUGUUCCUCCACGCCGACAUCGACGAGCUCGCGUGCGAGGGUCCGCUCGCGCCGCCCGAGCCCAUCCCCGAGAGCGCCCCGCCGACGCCUCGUCCGGGCAACUCGCCCAAGGGCGGCAGCUCGGCGCGCCAUGCCGCGACGGCCAAGUCGACGCCGGCGUCGCCCGCACCCGCCGCGUCGUCGGCCGCCGACGAGUCGUCCGAGGCCGUGUCGCUCCGGGCCCGCAUCCUCGCGUACGGCGACGAGCUCGACCGCGCGCUUGAGUCGACGACGGCCGCGUCCGACGCCGGCAGCGGCGACGGCACCGACCUGCCCGACGCCAUCGUCAAGUACGCCAAGCUCAAGGUCCAGCUGUCCGAGAUCCAGCGCGCGCUCCAGGCCCACAAGCGCAUCACCAAGGGCAAGGGCGACCGCAAGGGCGCGCAGCCGCUGUCCGAGGAGCAGGAGGUGUGGAUGGAGGCCCAGAGCGAGCUCCUCAAGGACAAGAUCAAGGGCAUCGAGGGCGACUACACCUUCCGCAAGGUCGACGCCGAGAAACUCUACCGCGAGGAGCGCACCAAGCUCGACGCCGCCCAGCUCUCGGCCCGCCUGAGCGGCACGACCCUCGAGAGCUCGUUCCCGGGCCUCCCGGCCGCCUCGUCCACUUCCACCACGACCUCCUCGACGGCGUCCGACGGUCUCGCCCCGAGCGCCGACAUCGGCGCGUCCACGUCGUCGUCCUCGACCGCCGAGACGCCCGCCACGACCGCCAACGGCACGUCGACCUCGUCGCCGCCCUCGCCCGCCAAGGCGUCAACCGCCGGCGGCGACGACGGCAGCACCGAGGGCGACGGCGGCGACUUCUUCGGCAACCUGCUCGACGAGAUGCCGUCCGAGGAGACGACCGAGUCGGGCACGACGGUGCCCGUGCGCAACAUGGCGCUGCCCAAGCACUUUUCGGGCAAGACGCCCAAGGCGUCGCUCGAGGAGACGGUGCGCAAGCUCGACAAGCUCGCGACCGUCAUCUUCUCGGUCCUGAGCCGCAGCCGCGCCGUCCGGGCCGGCGUCACGAUCCGGUGGAGCGAGAACGGCGGCCGCACCCAGACGUUCUCCAUGGACGACGUCGCGUGCUGGGACCAGCGCCAGGCGUACGACUAUGUCGCGACCGUCGCCCUGUUCGCCGUCGCGUCGAGCGAGAAGGGGAGCGGCAUGGCCGUCAACAAGGCGCUCCCGACCGUGUUCCGCGACCUGUGGGACGAGCUCGUCGCCAAGCGCAAGGCCGAGGACGAGGACGAGUACCGCGUCAAGCUCAAGCUGUACCGCUCGCUCGCCGCACCGAGGGUCCAGGAGGCCCCGAGCAAGGACAUCCGCACCGUCAAGACCGAGAAGGCCGUCGUCGAGUCGAACGGCAUCGCGUCGCGCAAGGAGAUCACGCAGGCCGACGCCGAGCGCAUCCAGAUGGACAUCUUUACCCGCCAAGCGUGGAUCUCGUACCAGGACAUGCUUCGAACUCGCGCCAGCUUGCCCAUCGCAGCGUACCGCAGCAGGAUCAUGGACGCGAUCGAGGACAACCAGUGCAUCGUCCUGUGCGGCGAGACCGGCUGCGGCAAGUCGACCCAGGUCCCGUCCUUCAUCCUCGAGCACGACAUGCGCAUGGGCCGCGACGUCAAGAUCUUCUGCACCGAGCCUCGCCGCAUCUCGGCCAUUUCGCUCGCCCAGCGCGUCUCGCAAGAGCUCGGCGAGGCGCCCGGCGCCUGCGGCACGCGCAACUCGUACGUCGGGUACUCGAUCCGCCUCGACUCGCAGGUCUCGGCGACGACGAGGAUCUGCUACGCGACGACGGGCAUCGUCCUGCGCAUGCUCGAGGGUCGCGAGUCGCUCUCGGACGUGACGCACAUCAUCAUCGACGAGGUCCACGAGCGCUCGAUCGACUCGGACUUCCUCCUCAUCGUCCUGCGCGAGAUUCUCGAGGUCCGCAAGGACCUCAAGGUCAUCCUCAUGUCGGCGACGGUCGACGCCGAGAAGAUCUCGGCCUACAUGGGCAACUGCCCCGUCGUGCGCGUCCCCGGGCGCACGUUCCCCGUCACGGCGCACUACCUCGAGGACGUCGUCGAGCUCACGCGGUACCGCCUCGACCCCAACUCGGACAGCAUGUACGUCGCCCGCAACAAGCGCACGUACGGCGGCAAGCGCAAGGGCGCGUACGACGACGUGCCGCCCGACGACGACGACGAGGACGACCUCCCGACGACCGCCAACGGCGCCGAGGCCCUGUCGGCGCCGCUCUCGAAGCAGAGCCGCAUCACGCUCGACUGCAUGGACCAGCACGCCAUCAACUUCGACAUCAUCAUGCUCCUCCUCGAAAACCUGUGCUUCUACAAGCCGGACCUCGUCCCCUUCUCGAGCGCCAUCCUCGUCUUCAUGCCGUCGCUCGAGUCGAUCCGCCGCCUCACCGACAUGCUCGAGGCGCACCACGCGUUCGGCUCGAGCCAGUUCGUCAUCCUCCCCCUCCACUCGACCAUCUCGAACGAGAACCAGUCGCUCGUCUUCAACGUCCCUCGCCCGGGCGUGCGCAAGAUCGUCGUGUCGACCAACAUCGCCGAGACCGGUGUCACGAUCCCCGACAUCACGGCCGUCAUCGACACGGGCAAGCACCGCGAGAUGCGCUUCGACGAGAAGCGCCAGAUCAGCCGCCUCGUCGAGACGUUCGUCGCCCAGUCGAACGCGGCGCAGCGACGCGGACGCGCCGGCCGCGUUCGCGAGGGCGUCGCCUUCCACCUCUUCACCAAGCACCGUCACGACCACUACAUGGCCGAGCACCCUCAGCCCGAGAUGAUGCGCCUGUCGCUGCAGGACCUCGCCCUGCGCAUCAAGAUCAUGAAGAUCGGCAGCACGAGCAUCGAGGAGACGCUCCUGCGCGCGCUCGACCCGCCGACGCCGGCCAACAUCCAGCGCGCCAUCGGCGCCCUCAUCGAGGUCAAGGCGCUCACGACCACCGAGGAGAUCACGGCGCUCGGCCGGCACCUCGCCAAGCUCCCGAUGGACGUCCACCUCGGCCUGUUCCUCAUCAUGUCGACCAUCUUUGGCUGCCUCGACGCCGCCCUCACGAUCACGGCCGCCCUCAACUCCAAGUCGCCGUGGGUCACGCCGUUCGGCCGCGAGAACGAGGCCGACACGGUCAAGCGCGGCUUCAAGGUCGAGAACAGCGACUUCCUCACGCUGUACAACGCCUACUGCUGUUGGCGCGAGGCGUGCAGCAACAACUACGAGCGCGAGUUCUGCCGCAAGAGCUUCCUGUCGCUCCAGAACCUGCAGCAGAUCGAGGAGCUGCGGCAGCAGUUCUUCUCGUUCCUCGUCGACGCCGGCUUCGUCAACAUCUCGAACAGCGAGCGUCGCGAGCUCGUGUCGACCCGGUACGGCAAAUCGCGCACCAAGUUCGUGCGCGUGCCCGCCGAGCUCGACGUCGCGUCGCGCGACCCUCGCACCGUCAUGGCCUGCCUCGCCGCGUCGAUGUACCCCAAGCUCCUCCUCAUCGACCCGCAGAACGGCUCGCUGCGCACGCUCGCCAACUCGGCGCCGGCGGCCGUCCACCCGUCGAGCGUCAACUUUGCGCCCGGCCGUCGCGUCGACUUUGGCCAGGGCGUCCGGUUCGCCGCCUUUUUCCAGGCCAUGCACACCAAGCGCCUGUACGUCUGGGAGAGCGGCGCCGUCGACGAGCGCGCCGUGUACCUCCUGUGCGGCAACGCCGACUUCCAGCUCCCUGCCCACUCGAUCUCGAUCGACCGCAAGAUCCGCACGCGCCUCGAGGACCCCAAGUCGGCCGUCGCCAUCAAGCUCCUGCGCGAAAAGUGGCGCGAGCUGUUCACGCGCAAGAUGCGCGACCCGGCGGCGCCGCUCGACCCCAAGCUCGCGCCGUGGCUCGCGCUCGUCGUCGAGGCGUUCAGGAGCCCCAAGCGCGACGACGACGACGAGAAGAAGGGGCGCAAGGCCGAGAAGGCCCAGGUCAAGCUGUCCUUGACGAGGAACGGCUGAGGAGGGAGGACGAGUUCACCCGGCGAGAGGUAGACGACGCCGAGUGUGCAUGUAACGACACAAUUUCUCGCA